UGGUUUGGCUCAUGAACACACACUUCUUCUCGAGCGGCCGUGCACAGGGGCGAGCCUACACCUCGUGUGGGCGCCCACCACACGGGGCGGAUGGCACAGUGAGGUUCUUGAAGUGGAGGCUGCUCUCGAGCUCCUGCAGCAUCUGGCGGGCCCGCUCCCGCUCGCAAGUGGCGUCUCCUUCAGCCACUCUGAGUGCCUCCUGCACUGCUCCAGUUGGGGUCGGGGGGACGGUGUCAGAGGUGCUCCUCUGCUGCUGGUUGUCUGCCGUCUCGUCGUCGCUGUUGAGACACUGCUGCUGGUACUGCAGCUGCUGCAUCUGGUGUUGCAGCUGUUGCAGCUGCUGGCCGAUCUGCUUCUGUUUCUCUUCGAGCUCUUGCUCUUUGCGGCGCAU